GAGAGGACAGACAGGGGCCUCUGGCUUGCAUGAAACACCAGGCAAAGCCGGGCUCUUCCAACCUGGCCCCACAUUGGGUUGCCCACAGUUUCUGGCCAUGGCAACCCAACGCGUCUACAUCUUGGCCACCUUGGCUUGGUCCCUCCUGGUCAUGCCGCUUUGGUUCGGGGCAGCCGAUAGCCUGAAGCCCUGCUACCAACAGCAGCCCCGCCUGAAGCCCUGCUACCAACAGCAGCCCCGUCGCCACAUCCCCCCGCAACCAGACACCCUUUUGUGGCAGGAGGAUUGGGUACCCCUCAUGAUCCUUCUAGGCGGGUUCUGCGCGAUGGCGUGGUGCAUCCAUUUCCUCGCCUACAACGUCCACCAAAGGGGCUCCCAGGAAUUGCCGCAGCUGCCCAGCGAGGAAGAAGCGGUGCCAGAGCUCCGCGAGACCCAAAAAGAAAUGAGCCGGCUUUUGUUCCGAGCGGAGAGUAACACGUCAAACCUUGGCAUUGGGAACCAGCCAAGGAUGGAAAACCAACAAGAGGCAAGUGAAGGGUUGAAAAGCAUGAUGGAUCUGGAGAGAAAAAGUAAGAGCAGCAACCUGGUGGAUGAAAGGACUGGAAGCGUUCUCCAACUGGAUACGAAAGCGACGAGCCAGAACCUAGUUCCUGAGAGGUCUAGAAGUAUUAUUCAACUGCAAACGAAAGUGACAAGCCAGCGCUUCGUUCUGCGAGGUCUCCAGCGAACAUCCAACUGGAGAAGAAGCCACCAGCAAGAGUUUCACUCCUGAGACGUCUCCAAGCACCAUCCAACUGGGAGGAACGCCGCCAGCAAGAGGUAGUUUUGAGAGUCUCCAAGCACCCAUCCAACUGGAGAAGAAAGGCCACCAGCAAGAGUUUCACUCCUGAGACAUAUCCAAGCACCAUCAACUGGAGAGGGAUGCCACCAGCCAUAGCUU